UUAAGACAAUAUACAUAUAUAAAAAAAUAUGAAGAAGAUUUAUAUUAAAAGAGAAAAUAUGUUUUAUAAACCAUUUUAUAAACAAAAGACUAAAUUGAUAUUAAUGUUAAUAUUUUUAUUAGGAAUCGUAUUUUUUAUUUACCAAGCUAUUUAUAUUAAUCAAUUACCAAUUACAAGUACACCUUUAAAUAUGAAUGCCAGUUCUAUUUAUAAAGAUUUAUCUUUUACUUCAACGUCUUCAAAAUAUAUUAAAGAGACUGAAAUUGAACUCCACAUCAUUAGGGGGAUUCGGUUUCGUGAUUAUGAUUCCUAUAAAAAAAAUUUCGAUAACUCCUUUUAUUGUUUAGAUGGAAGUAAAUCAAUUCCUUAUAAAUAUUUAAAUGAUGAUUAUUGUGAUUGUUCCGAUGGCAGCGAUGAACCAUCGACAAAUGCAUGUGCUAAUGGAAAAUUUUACUGUAAAUACCAAAAAAGACAUAUCACUGGAAGAGGUUUGGAUGUUUGGGUACCAAGUAGUCGUAUAAAUGAUGGAAUUUGCGAUUGCUGUGACGGAUCAGAUGAAUGGGAAUCUGCUGUAGAAUGUAAACACCAUUGCUAGAUUUUAUGUAGAUAUAUAUUUUAAAUAAUUACUGUUUACGGAUUUAAGAUGUAUCUUUUUCUAUGUAAAUAUAGUUUUAAUUAAAAGAAUGCAUUUAUUAUUUAUUAUAAUUCAUAAAAGUAAAAUCAAUAAUGUUGAAUAUAUGAUCAUUUUUUUUGUAAAGAAUGGAAUUAAAAAAUUGCAUAGGUGUUUUAUUUUUUAUAUGGAAUAUGAAGAAAAAAAAUUACGUCAAAUAAGUAGGUAUAUUCGGUGAAAAAUUUAUUUAAUUUGGAAAUUGAAGCUUUAAUGAAAUGCAUUGAAUUCGACAUUGCUUCUGAAACCAGAAAUGAAUACAAAACACAAUCAAAUGUAUAAGAAAUCAUUUUAUUUUCUUAUUGUUACAAUUUAAUAUUUUUAGUUAAAAACUAAUAUAAUGUAAAUAAUGUAAAUAAAAUGUAUAGAAUUUUUAUUAAACAACAUAUUAAUUUGA